AUUUAGAGUACUGGGUCUAGUCUUGGUGCGGAGGCGGCCGCUUUAAAAGGAGCUGGCUCCGACGUCAGCGCCGUUUUAGACAUGUGGCUCUGACAUCCAAUAGCCUGAUCGCGGCUUUAGUCAGCCCUUUCCUCUCAGGAGAUCCCUCUGCUGAAGACUAACGUAGACAGGGGUUAGCCACGGCUGCACGACUAUCACCAGAUACAACUAGGAAACGAAAUUUAUCCUCCUCUUUCCCACACCUGCAGCAUCAGUUCAUAUCCAGAGCUAGGACCACCGUGUAGCGACCAUGUCUGUAGCGGGGCUCAAGAAGCAAUUCCACAAAGCCACUCAGAAAGUGAGUGAGAAAGUAGGAGGGGCAGAAGGAACGAAGCUCGAUGAAGACUUCACUGAAAUGGAAAAGAAGAUGGACGUUACGUCUCGGGCCGUGCUGGACAUCAUGACCAAGACUACUGAGUAUCUGCAGCCAAACCCAGCCACCAGAGCUAAGAUGAGCAUGAUGAACUCCAUGUCUCGUAUGCGGGGUCAGGAGAAGGGACCGGGCUACACACAGACUGAGGCCAUCCUGGGAGAGUCCAUGCAGAGGUUUGGCAGGGAGCUCGGAGAGGAGUCCCACUUUGGCCCUGCUCUGAUUGACGCUGGUGAAGCCAUGCGUGAGCUCAGCGAGGUGAAGGACGCUCUUGACAUGGAGGUCAAGCAGAACUUCAUCGAUCCGCUGCAGAACCUGUAUGAGAAAGAUCUGAAGGAGAUUCAGCAUCAUCUCAAGAAAAUGGAAGGCCGUCGUCUGGACUUUGAUUAUAAGAAGAAGCGUCAGGGCAAAGUGACAGAGGACGAAAUCAAACAGGCGCUUGAGAAAUUUGAUGACUCCAAGGAGAUUGCUGAGCAGAGCAUGUUCAACCUGCUGGAGAGUGAUAUUGAGCAGGUGAGCCAGCUUACUGCUCUGGUCCACGCUCAGGUGGAGUACCACAGCCGUGCAGCUGAGAUCCUCACACAGCUCUCCAGUAAGAUGGACGAACGGAUAAGGGAAUGUUCUAACAAACCGAGGAAAGAGUUUGCUCCUAAACCACGCACGUCUCUGGACUUCUCUAUCAGUGAGAACCACAAUGGAGGAAUCCACGGUGCUCGCUCUCCAGCCCCCAUGGACCAGCCCUGCUGUCGUGCACUUUACGAUUUCGACCCUGAGAACGAAGGUGAGCUAGGUUUCAAGGAGGGCGACAUCAUCACCCUGACCAAUAAGAUCGAUGAUAACUGGUACGAAGGGAUGCUGCACGGCAACUCCGGCUUCUUCCCCAUCAACUAUGUGGAUAUCCUGGUGCCACUGCCUCACUAGGAUGUCACCGAUACGUGCUGUCUGCAAAGGUGGAAUCCAAAUGUCCAAUUCCUCCCUCAAGUGUUCCCAGUAAUCUUUUUCCUAAACAUUCCUACCAAACCACCUGCACUCCGCUUUACAGGAGGCAAACAGCAACAACACAAUAACGAGCAAAGAUUGAUGAAAAAUUAAAGCAAGUAUGCACCAGUUGAGUGUAAAAACUUUAAGUGAAGAAAUAUCUGCAUUGAUGUCGUUGCUGCCCUUAGUCCCAGGAGGUUCUUUCAGGCUUCCAGUCAUUUUAUCCAACUUCUGUCCGGCUUUUGUCUUCGUUUACGUUGGCUGUCAGUCCCUCAUGAGUUUAUCAGAACAGAUUUACAAGAACUCUCUCUCAUUCACUGUACUUUAUGGAAACCUCUACAGUAGAUAGAAACUUUUUCUCUCACAUACUACAAAAAGAGAAAUUGGUCCACGUGUUUCAUGUUCGUUAGAGACUCUAGGUCAAGCAUGGUUUCAAGUGUUCAACGUUUUAUCUUAUAAAAAAUAUGUUGAGAGGAUUUUAUUUUUGAUUUGGGUGUUUAUUUUUUAUCAGCACUCACAUUUUGGCAUGUUUGGACAGUUUUUGGAGAAACUAUGUCCGUAUCAUGCUCAAAAACUCUGUCCAAAGGAUGUCUGUCAACUUUCAAAUAAUCAGACUUUAGACAAAAGUCGUAGAUGGAUCCAUAUCUUGCUGUUAACAAAAGAGGAAAAAAGAAACAAGAUUACCCAUAAUCAUUUUAUUUUUGACAUAACACUAUGUGCAUCUGAGUGAUUUAGAUACCAAAGUUACCUGCAAAAACCUGUAUCAACUCCUGUUUUAGCUUCAAGAUUUCUAGACGGUAAAUGUCGGUAAAUCUGUCGGAUGCAUCAGGGUGAAGCUUGCAAUCUCUAGUACUCUGGUAUUUUUAAAAGGAGGAGAAAAACUGUAUUCUUAAGUAUGUGACAUUUCCUAUCUGAGCCAGUGAUUAGUGGAGUGAUGACUUGAUUUGCAAAAUCACAAGUUGUGCAGUUUAACCUGUUUGAAGUGAUGUAAGAAAACUAUGGUGCAUAAGUUUCAAUCCUCCAACGUGUAUUUUAUCAGCAGCUUGUGUGACAAAUGGUUGAUGUAUUGUGAUAUAAUAAUAAUAACUUUUAGGACUUAACUGCUCAAAGGGGCAACAGUUUUCUCUGCAGCUGAAGGCGCCGCUCUUUUUCUGCUGCAUCCCUACUAGUCCGAUUAGUACUCUGUAGUGUAGCUGUAUCUAAGCCAUUGAUUGAGAGGAAACUGAAACAGCCAGACGUGCACACAUGGCCUAACGGAAUGAAAAGUCAUUUUUUUGUUUUGUGUUGGUGGAAAUCUUUUGCAACUCACACUAAAAAACCCAUUAUUUAAACAUUAAACGGAUGAAAGCCGCUGGUUUACUCUUUUUAUUUCAUGUUAGAUCUUAGAUGCAACACUAUUUCUUACAUUCUGUUUCAUUUCUCUUACCAGCUGCAGGGUUGAGGCAGUGUUGUAUGUUUUUUUUCCAUCUCUGUCAGAAAAUCUAGAAAUCAAACCAGCCUCAGUUAUUAUAAAUCAUGUUUUAGUCAGCUGAGUAUUCAUAUGCUAUAGCCAAACACAAUAAUCCCAGGGUUUUAUUCUCUGCAAUUUCAAAAAUGUAUUCAUCGUUCUGCAGAAUGAUCAUUCUGCAGAAUCAUCUGUGCAGCGGUUACACGUUUUUUUCACCCAUCUUGUGGUAAUGUUGUGCUUGUUUUUUGGGGGGAGGGGUCUGCAUACUGCAAGUGUAAUAAUGCAGAAGGGUGGGGCUGCAGAGGACCUCUAAUACUGAGGUGUUUAUGGUGUACUGUCUCUGACAGUAUUAGAAACAAACAUGGAUGUCUUUUUAAUCCAUAGACUUCAUCAGACUCAGUAGGUUUACAGUAAAUGAUGCAAACUCACAUCACGUUCAGUGUUAUUUUUUUAGGGGAAGCACAUCUUUAUCAGACUGUACACUUUAUUGGCUGGGGAAGAAUAAUGGUAAAAAAUUGAAAGUCAUGUAUUUAUUUAUUUUUUAAAGUCGACACUAUUCCUUCCCUUUUUUUCUCUUUCUCUUUUUUUUAAACAAUCGUGUGUAUCUUUGCCCUCAAUGAGGACUGUACAGCUUUUCUGUGUUUUUGUUUUCACCUUGUGUGUAUAGUUGCGCAUCUACAGUAACGUAUCUUAUUUUUGUAAUUGUGAUUACAGUAUACUCUAACAGUAUAGAUGUAUAUAUACAGUAUAAUAUCCAGAAGCAAUUUGAAAGGAGGGAUUCUCUGUGCUGCACAUGAUUGUCUUUGGAUUGUUUUUCUUUCAUUUCUUUCAUUUCAGUUUUGGUUUUCUUUUAUUCUUGCACUGGAUUCUAAGACUGUAUGCUCGAUGUAAAGAAACAAAUGUGAUAAGUCAAUGUAAUUUAUUCAAUAAAUACAGAGAAAUGGUUA